CGUGAUUGGUCACUCUAAUGCCCACGUGCGUUUUGUUUGGCCUCCGCCGGCGGUAAAUUCAACCAAAUUACCUGAAAUUCCAAGGAUUCCCCGGUAAACAAGAGAUCAGCGACUGCUACACCAUGGUCUUCUUCACGUGCAACAUCUGCGGCGAGUCGGUAAAGAAACCGGCGGUGGAAAAGCACUACCAGACGCGCUGUCGCGGCAAAGACAAGAACGUGUCCUGCAUGGACUGCCUAAAGGACUUCUAUGGCGAGGAGUAUGUGGCACACAUUAAGUGCAUCUCAGAGGCCCAGAAGUACGCCAGCCAAAGCCAAGGCUUUGCCGCCAAGGAGCCCCGCAACAAGAACGCUCAAAAGCAAGAGAGUUGGAUGGACAUCAUUCGGUCGAUCCUCGACAGCAGCGAGUACAAUUUAACUCCAGCCGUUCGAUCCGCCUUCCAAAAGCUCCAGAGCGUCGACAACGUGCCCCGCAAGAAGGCUAAGUUCGAAAACUUCGUGGGAAACUGCAUGCGCAUGCCCCGCAACCAGGCCACCCAGGUGUGGGAUAUUCUCGAGAAGGAGCUGAACAAGAUGAAGGAGGCAAAGCAAGCGGAGCUGGCCAGAGCCAAGGCGGAAAAGAUUGCUGAAAUACAGCAGAAGCAGAAGGCAGAGGUCGAGGAAGAGGCGCCACCCAAGAAGAAGGCCAAAGUGGAGACCACAGAAGAUGCUGCUGCCGAGGAGACCUCCAACGGCGUGACCAGCGACUUUGAUUGGGCCGCCCAGCUAACUAAGAUCGUUACCAAGCAAGCAGAUGGCAUUUUCCUGGAAAAACUUCGUAAGAAGCUGCUCAAGAAGUAUGCCAAGCAUCUGUCCGUCGAGGAUUUGAACGAAAAACAGGCGAAGAAGUUUCAGAAACGCUUUGAUAAGCAACUUAAGCUCGCCGAUUCCUUGGAAGUCGAGGGUGAAAUAGUUAAGAUCGCUAGCUAGCCGAAUAUCCCACCUUUAGUCAUAGUUUAAUUAUAACAAAAGGACAAUAAACGUGUAAGCUGG